GGAUGUAACACUCUAGUGUAACACUCUACUGUAACAAUGUGCGUUUAUUUACUUGUAACGCGCUACUUUAACCCUCCUCAGCGUCCUCUUCCACAGAACUCCGAUGAAGAGAAGAAUCAUGGCGAAGAUGAGCGCCAGAACGUCGCGCUAUCCUCUUUUUGUUUGUUGUUUCGACACUUUAAUGUGAGAAAAAUCUAGCAUUUCUUCUUCCGGUUGUUUGGAGGAGAAAAAGAUGGCUUUUUUACCUCUUUUUGAUCAUCUGUAUUGCCAAGAAGAGAGCUUGGAGAUGGAGGAAGGAGGAGAAGAGGAAGAGGAAGUGGUGUUUCCACUCGGAGAAGACUACGAGAGCGAGAACCGUGUCCUCUCGGUCGUGGAGGCUGCCACCGGGGAAGAUUGGGAGGCGGUGAUGUCUUCUCUGGCCGCCAGGGAAUCGGAGGCUCUGCCGCAGCUCGUCGCUGAUGGGGAAGGCGCCGAUUUACACCUCCGCCGGGCGAGGGAGAAGGUAGCGGAGUGGGUAGUUCUCGCUGCCGCUGGCCACGGGUUCUCAGCGCUCACGACGCUGCUCGCCAUGAGCUACUUCGACCGGUGCUUCCUCCCGUGCGCCGGCGGCGGCCGCGGGCCGCUGCAUCUCCAGGACGACAAGCCCUGGAUGGGGCGGCUUGCAGCCGUGGCGUGCCUGUCCCUAGCGGCGAAGGUGGAGGAGACCCGCGUCCCUCUGCUGUUCGACCUCCAGGUUCCGCCGCCACCGUCGCCGGUGGAGGAAGGCGGCUACUUGUUCGAGCCGAAGACCGUACGGAGGAUGGAGCUCCUGGUGCUCUCCUCUCUCGGCUGGAGGAUGAAUCCUGUCACCCCUCUCUCUUUCAUCCACCACCUUCUCCCCCGUCUCUGUUCCGGCAGCGGUGGCGGUGGCGGUGGCGGUGGCGGUUGCAUUGCUGCCCGUAUCCGGGAGUUGGCCAGGCGAUCAGAAGUGGCGCUUCUCUCUGUAAUUUCCGAUUGGAAAUGGGUUCGAUAUCCUGCAUCGGUGUGGGCGGCGGCGGCGUUGCUCCUUGCGACGGAGCCGCAAGAGGCUCACCGCCUCAUUUCCCUCCUGAAACCCUCCAAGGAAAACCUGGAACGAUGCUACCAGCUAAUGAGGGAAUCUAUGAGCGCCACCACUGCGAUCGACCACAAGCGCAAGCAUUCUUCCCACUCAUCGCCGCCGAGUCCAUGUGGAGUGAUCAGCUCCUGCUUCAGCGGCGAGAGCUCUUGCGAUUCAUGGCCGCUGCGGCCUUCCCCUGUUUCGCGCCCGCCGGAGGCGGCGGUGGCUGCUCCUCCCCUCAAGCAGAAAAAGUGCAAAAAGGAGCAAUUUUGACUGCCGAUUCGCUGCUUAAUCUCGCGAAGAAGAUUAAAAAAAGCAGAGACAAAUGCCUGCCCUUGUUCAAUUAAUCUGAAAAACUUAAAAAAAAAAAAAAAUCUUGUCUUCAAGUUCUAAUC